AUUCGUUAACAACCAUGAACAACACAAGGGAUCACAAGGACACCGAAGCUGCUGUGGAGCAGGUGGAUAGUGCUGAUUUUGAAACUGCUUCUUCUUUGACUGGUUUUGGAUGGUACAACUACCUGAUACUUUUUACAUCCCUUGUGUGCUCACUUUCACAUCAGUUCAGUUCAUCUUCAAUGUCAUAUCUGCUGCCAGCAGCACAAUGUGACCUACAAAUGCAGCCAUCUGACAAGGGGUUGCUUAAUUCUAUCACAUUUGCAGGAAUGGUGGCCACGUCAUUUCUGUGGGGCUUCUUGUCAGACAUGCUUGGAAGAAGAAAACUGCUGGUCAUUGCUUAUUUUCUGGAUGGAGCUUUGAAUUUUAUUGGCAGUUUCACCCAGAGCUUUGCUUUUUUGGUUGCCAUAAAAUUCUUGAGUGGUGCUAUACUUUGUGGACCAAACUCCAUACAGAAAACUUUUAUAUCCGAAUUUCACUGCUUGAAGUACAGAACUGUAAUAAUGAUACUAUCAGGAUUUUUGUAUGCAAUUGCAACAAUCAUUAUUCCAGUUGUUGCUUGGCUCAUAAUUCCAAUGUCCUGGUCAGUAACAAUUUUUGGUGACUACAUCACGUAUAAUUCCUGGAGAAUGUUUGUUACUGUGGGCUCCUUUGCAAGUUUUUUAGCAUCAUUUCUCAUUUAUUUGUGCCCUGAAUCUCCCAAGUUCUUAAUGACAAAAGGUUCCAUGGAUGAAGCAAUGCAAGCUUUCAGAACCAUGUACAGGUUCAACACAGGAAAGAAACCAGAAACAUAUCCAGUUAAACAGCUGAAAGAAGAGGUGAAAACAGUAACUGAAUUGUCAUCUAGUGUUGACAGCAGGAAAGCAAACUGCUCAUUAGUAAAAGUUGCCAUGCAUGAAUCAAAGAGACUACUGCUGAAACCAUUUCGAAGUAGGGCAGUGAUGAUUAUGAUAAUCCAGUUCUCCACAUUGCUUUGCUCAAAUACAAUACGUCUCUGGGUGCCACAGAUGUUUGCAUCAGCAGAAGAAUACAAAGAGCACCAAAAAUAUACAAACAAAACUGAUGAAAUUGCAUCGGUCUGUGAAAUGAUAUCAUUUACUGGAGUUUCCAACUAUUCCACAGCUACCAAUGAAGAGUCAUGUGGAGUGGCUAUGAUUAAAAACACUGUGUACAUAAACAACAUCAUUGUUGCAUGUUCACAAACUGUGUUUUUUCUGCUUGCCAGUUACAUUGUUAAAUAUAUGGGGAAGAAAAUGACUAUGGUUACGGGAUACAUUGGUGCUGCUGUGUGUUCAAUUUCGGUUUACUGGACAUACAGUCCAUCAGCUGCUUUGGCGUGUUUGGCUCUAUUUGUGUCCUUUACUGGCGUGAGCCACAUCACAAGUUUAGCUGUCCUUGUCGACAUGUUCCCAACAAAUCUCAGGACAAUGGCAAUGGGUCUCAAUUCACUGUCUGGUCAGCUGGGAACUUUCACUGGAAACUAUUCAUUUCCUUAUUUAUUAGCUGCUGAUUGCAUAGCUCCAUUUUCUAUGCUAACUGCUUUGGUACUUGUGACUGCUGGGGUUACAUUAUUGCUUCCUGACACAAAUAAGGCUUCUCUCCAAUAAGGAACUUAGCAGUGAAAAUGAUCCAUCAAUGGAGAUGAACUCGAGUUUGAAUUGUGUGUUCAUUGGUUGAUCAACUUAGUAGCAGUACCAGAAAAGUGAUCAGUGAGUUCAGAAAGUAAAAAUGAAAUUGACUCUAAUAUUUUGUCUCCAUUAUUUUAUAUGUGAAAAGAUAAUAUGAAAGACCAAUACUGAAAAUGUGUUAACAAAGGGCAAGCAGAGCUUCAAAUAACAUAUUCCUCUUCAUAUGAUUUCAUUUACUCCCAUGACUGUAAUGCCAUUAACAUUUUUUCAUCCAAUAAAACUUACUUCUUAUUUAUUACUACUGGUAGUGUUUGUGAUGUAUCUGAUAGUUGCUACUCACCAUAAGUGGAGAUGCUGAGUUGCAGAUAGGCACAACAGAAAGAUGGUCAGAAAGGGAGCUUUUGGCCAACAAGACCUUUGUUGAAAAUAGACAACACACACACACACACACUCACACUGAUGCAAAUGCAACUCACACACUCAUAACCACAGUCUCUGCCAGCUGAAGCCAGACUUUGUUUCAUGAUACAUACAACAGACAAAGAAGCUUUCUCUUUUUUGACAAAAAAGCUUUCACUUUUUUUUACUCUUCCUGGACAAAUGGUUUUUACUUGAAAGUGCUAUAUGAUAGUGGACAAUACUUCAGUAUUAUAGUUGUUUUCUGUAACAUAUGGAAUGUACAAGUGUACAUUUGUGACUGAAAGUAAUACUAAUUUUCACAUUAUAGAAAUGCAAUGGUCAUCUCCAAAUCCCUUCAGUAGCUGUGCUGAGCGUUAGUGCUUAGGGAAUGUAUAUUGUCUUGGAAGAGCACUGCAGUUUAAUCCAUACAUAAGACAUAGAGAACAUAGUGGAAAGUUGAAAACUUUGUCUUGUCAUGAAGCAGGUCCAGAUGCUACUCAUGAAGAGCAACAGCUUUUGCAUGAGUCAGUAGCGGUAAUGUAUAGGUUUACUGAUUUGAAGCUAUGCCUCUGAAGUCUCGUGUAAUUUUUUCUCGGACUGUCCCACUGUUACGAGAUUUGACAAAAAUUAUUUUGUUAAAUAAAGUACGCAACACUGCAGCAAUAAAUUUUUGGUCUCUUCAUAUUUAUUAACAUAUACAAUGUUCCCCUUUUUAUGGUCAGUUUUGUAACAUGCAAAUGCCUCAGAAUUCAGAAUAUACCAGUAAGCUCUUAAGCUUACUUGGAAUCUUGAAAGGAAUUAGCUUGGGUUAUCAUGCCCAACGUGAGUCCAGCACUACCAACUCCAUACCUUGUGGAAAAAUGAGCAUGUGCAGGAUACUUAAUUUAGCUCUUAAUGAUCUCAUUGGUCUUGAAAACUUCCAAGUUUGCAAUCUCCAUCAUUCAGUUCUGUGAUAAUAUAGAUAGUUGCCAAAAAUAAAAGGUUGGCUUUCAGUUUUAAAAACUCUCCUAGGUUUAUUUAGUCAGUCAGUAAAUCCCACACAUAUAAUUCAAGCUGCUGAACAUUUCAAUGUAAGCACCAAUAUUGUAUAACAUUUCAACAUACAUGAACUCUACAAAAAUAUGUCUGCACCCUGUAACAUUACUGCAUCAGUCUCUUGGGCUUGUUUGUGACAAACAUCAUGCACUUGGUUCAGAUUCAGUAUGUUGUUUACAUUUUGAUCUCCUUUUACAGGUGACUAAAGGAAAUUCAUAUUUAUGUUAAAAACAAAACAUUUUUUUAUUAUUGUUAAAAACAAAGCAGAUUUAGAUGAUUUUCACAUAAUUAUUCUACAUCUAGGUAAUGAUCAGCAAGUAUAAAAAUGAUAUUUAUCAUUUUUAACAGCACAAGGAACUUGAGCUCAGCAUUUUUUUGCAACUUUGAAUACAAGAACACAUUUUAAUGUCCACCUUUAACUUAUGGUGACAUCCUAGGUUUUAUAUGUUAAUUCAGUGUUUCAAAAAUCUGAAUAAGAUUUUACUGUCAACAUUUGUGAAAAUGAAGUGUGUUUUGGAAUUUUGAUUUAAGAUGCAAUUUAAAUUUUUUGUGUGUGGAUUAUAACUUGUCACAAAAUGUUUAACAAAAUUUAAAGUACAUUGUGAAUACUUCGUCUUGUAAGCUUUCUAAUGAGAUAUAAAUUCUUGAAAGUUAAUGACUGUUCAUACAGGUAGAUAUUUUGAAGCUAAGUAUUAUGUUAGAUUACAUAGUAUUCUGUAUUUUGUAAUAGUUUAGAUGGCCAUUCAGGCUCUGACACAAGUUGUGGCAGUUAGCAAUGCAGAUCAUACAUUAUUUAUUGUACAUUGCUUCCCACUCUAUUAAUUUUAGAUAUUUGCAUCUUACAGACAUUGUUACAAAGAUUUGAAGAUACAUAUAGGAUUUGAAGGACUAAAUGAAUAAAUAAAUGAUAGUUGCACUAAUAAAAGUCAUUAAAAAAG